CUUUGGCCUAUAGAACUAAAACCACCCUUUUCUCGAUGCUAAAACCACCCUUUUCUCGACCCGUCCCUCUGCCUUCACCAUCACAAAUCACAACUGAUAAUGAAACUCCACGCAAUACGCUAACUACCUCGAUUCCUCACAUCCUGCCCGCAGCCGUGCGUUGCGGCAAUACUCUCGUACGAACAAAGGACGAACAAGAUGCGUAUUAUACAAAGGAGCUUCGAACUGAGCGCCUUGAUGAGAUCCAGACAUACCUGUGGUUAGCUGGCCUUCCCGGCUGCGCGAGAGCUCUGCAUCGACAACUGCUUUUGGGCCGCGAAAUCCUCAUAACUGAGGAUGUUAACGAGCACCUUGUUUGGUACGAGACACGCAUCUUUGUAAAACCAUUCCCGACUUUCUUGUUCAAUCUCGACUGCUGGGAACAGAAGCUAUGCAAGACCCAGCAACUGUUCGAGGCUGCUUGUAGCUUCCUGCUCUCGUAUGCAUGGCUUGUUAGACAUGAGAGCGACCUCCGCAUCGCACAUGAGAAGGGGCUGCUGCCGCAUAUUAUCGACUGGGCGACGUGGACAGAAUUUACGGGCGAUUUCCUCGACCACAUGGAUUUGCAGUCUUUGCGUGGCAUCUCGCCGAGAUUCCAGUAUGGCGAGUUGCGGCUAUCCCGGUUGGAUAAGAUUUAUCGUCUCACCCGAUUCAACUGGCGAGACUUUGUUCGAGGAUAUAUGACAAUAUCGACGUGGUAUCAGGACUUCUUUGCCCGGAAUUUUGCUUGGUUGCUGGCAGUCUUUGCUGUAAUAUCUGUGGCUCUAUCAGCGAUGCAGGUAGUUGUCGCUGUGGCAAGAGGUGGCCGAGCUUUUGAGAACGCUUCUUAUGGUUUCUCUGUAGCCUCGUUGUUCCUGGCAGCUGGGAUGGUCCUGCUUGUGCUGCUUGUGUGGGUGAUUCUCUUUGUGUAUCAUCUGGUCAGUACCCAGAUGAAUGAUCGAAGAGUCAUGAGCGAGAGAAGAAGCUUUGCGGCUGUUAAAGGAGACGUCGGGUGUUAAGAUUUUGGAACCAGGUGGCCUGCCCUGUGCAAUCUUGAGAGGCAUGAUGGCACUGCCUUGAUAGGCUCUUUCAUAUGCAAAGUGGCUCCUGUGAGUCUCAUUGCUUCGACGAUAGCGGGAAGAAGCUUUAUUUCCAUUACCAAUCCCUUGGACGUCCCAAGUCAAGGGACGGCAGUGAGCUCCUCCGACCCCCCGCAAGAGAGUGAAGAGAUUCCAAUCCGUGUAUUCCUUACACUAAAAUCUCCCAGUCGAGAACAGCAUACCACCACCAGCCGUGUUCGCGAGAACGAGCUAUGAGCAGGUCCGGCAGGACGUUGAAUUCAGUUGCUGUACUGCUCUAAGAUAUUCUGGUACAAAAUCAAUGUCCGCAUUUUGGCGCUUGUAUCAUGUUAUAAGUUAUUUUCACCGUACGAGAAGCGCAAGGCAUAGAAUUUAGUUCCUGGUAAAGUGGAUUUAGUUCAAAGGAUACUUGUUACCCUC